UCUAAAAAACUCAUUCAAUUUCUUGUAACGAAGCAUUUUCUUUAUUUAUAAUUACCUUAUGCUGCUUUGAAACAUGUUAAAAAUGAUAUUAUUGGAGAAAUCUAGAACGUGUCUUCAUGAAUUAACUUGUUUACCCUAGAAAACCGCCAAAACACUGAUGAUAAUUUUGAGGUUAGAGUUGAAAAAGAGACGAAGAGAGGAGGGAGUGAGUGGGUAUUUUAAUUGAUUUUAAAAUUUUUACAAACCCAAAUUCUUCGGUUUAAUUAAAACAACAAUUAAGUGUGUAAAAUGGACUUGUUUUAAGACAGUUUAGAUUUCACCUCAAAAUUCUCUGUUUUUUUCUCCGAAAUUUUGAUUUAGCUGUGAAUUUUGCUACUCAAAAUGUGCGAUUGCAAUCCGGAAAGUAUGGAUUUAAAGACUCCACGUAAUGUUUAUCUUACUGCAUUCUACAAGAGGAGUUUUGCUCAUCACACAGUCAAAAAUCGAAUGCCAGUUAUUGUAACACAAGUUCUUGAUGGUCUUGCUAGGAGCAAGGAGCAAAUAGCUAGUGAACAUGGUGAGGAAGGUCAAAAUGACCUUAAAUCAGUAAUUGGUGAACUUUCAAAAUUGAAAUACGAAAUUCAAACAAAUAAAUCAUUGAGAAAACUUGUUUCCGAUGCUCCUGAUAUAAAAUUUUAUAACGACUACAUUACUGGACAAUCUGAUAAAGAAGGAAAUGUUACCUUUUUUUCUGCAAUAUGGCUGCUAUCAGAAUGUUACAUGUACAGAAGAAUCAAAGAAGCUUUUGAAAUGACUAACACAUUAAAAAAUUAUGAUCCGUUUUUGAAACAGAAGAGGGAUUCUCAUUUCCAAGCAUUACCAGUUAUGGCAAAACUGUCCCAAUAUUUGGUAGAAGUUUUAGAAAAGUCAGAAGAACCGAAAAAAGAAGAUUUCAUCCAUUUAUUAAAAAUUAAUUUGUGGGGCAACAAAUGUGACUUGUCUCUGUCAAAUGGUGAAAUGACUUCAAACACUGACGAAUUAUUCAAUUUGGAAAAUUUAGAGCCGAAUAUUUUGUGUGAUGAUUCUGAAAAAGUAUGGAUGGCUGUUUCUGGUGGCCAAUCACCGAUUAUAGACAUCGUGUUUGAUAAUUCCGGCUACGAGGUCUUUACGGACUUAUGCAUCGCUGAUUAUUUAACUACAAAGAAACUGGCUUCAAAAAUCCGAUUUUACGUAAAAACCAUCCCUUGGUUCAUUUCCGAUGUCAUGAUCACCGACUUCCGAUGGAUGAUAGAUCACUUGAGAAUGAAUGUUGACGAGUAUUUAAGACAGUUGGGGAAUAAAUGGUACAAUUAUGUCGAAAAUGGGACAUGGGUUGUUAUUGAGGACAACUUCUGGACUUUACCAGUGGAUUUCUCCUAUAUGCGUGACGUGAAACUCGAACUGUACAAAGAAUUAUCCAAAGCAACUCUCGUGAUAUUUAAGGGAGAUCUGAAUUAUAGAAAAUUGUUUGGUGAAAAAAAUUGGGAUCCGACAACUCCCGUCGAUGAGGCAUUGCAAAAUUUCAAUCCGACGAAAUUGUGUACUUUACGAACUGUUAAAGCCGAUAUUGUGUGUGGUUUACCACAGGGUUUAGCCGAAAAAAUGGAGGCUAUUAGCGAAAAGUGGAUGGAAACGGGCGAUUAUGGGCUUAUACAGUUCUCCGAAAAAAUAGUUCCAGUCUAAUUUUUGAUCCAAUAAAUCACAUAUCAUGUGACA